AUGCUGAACAGCGGAAAGGCUGUCCGCGACAAGGAUGGAAAGAUCAUUCAAGCUGCGGCCUUUCAAAAAGGAGAGGACGAGACGAAGCCUGGAAGAGUGCAGCCGGACCGAAGAUGGUUUGGAAACACCAGAGUUAUCUCUCAGACAGCUUUGGAUCACUUUAGAACAAGUCUUGCUGCCAAAAAGGAUGACCCAUAUUCUGUCCUUCUCCGAAGAAAUAAACUGCCCAUGGCGCUUCUAGAUGAUGCGGCCAACCCUGCUCUUCGUAAGCGCCCUCAUAUCGUAGAAACCGAACCUUUUGCAGAGACUUUUGGACCCAAGGCACAGAGGAAAAAACCUAGAAUUGAUGCCGGUUCUUUUGAAGAACUUGGAAAGAUGGGUGCAGCGGCAGCAGAUGCAGCAGAAUUGGCAGCGUCGAUAUCUGGUUCCGGUGUCAUGGAACCUCUUGCAUCCACUGUUGUUGAGCCUCAAACCCACGCUGACUUCAAGGAGCCAAUAUAUGCCAAAGGAACAUCUCGCCGUAUCUUUGGGGAACUUUAUAAAGUUAUCGAUUCCUCUGACGUUAUCCUCCAUGUUCUCGACGCCCGCGAUCCGUUGGGAACAAUGUGUGAAUCUGUCCUCGAAUCCAUUAAAAAAGAGAAGUCCCAUAAGCAAGUCGUGCUUGUCAUUAACAAGUGUGAUCUUGUCCCGAAUUGGGUUACAGCUCGAUACAUCAAACAUCUCACACCUCGUUAUCCUACCAUCGCUUUCCAUGCUUCUCCCAACCACUCUUUCGGGAAAGGUUCUCUUAUUCAACUACUUCGACAGUUUUCUCAGCUUCAUUCUGACAAAAAACAAAUAUCUGUCGGUUUCAUUGGAUAUCCCAACGUUGGUAAAAGUAGUGUUAUCAACACCAUCAAAAGUAGCAAAGUUUGCACAGUUGCGCCAGUGCCAGGGGAAACUAAGGUCUGGCAAUAUAUUACCCUCACCAAGAGGAUCUACUUGAUUGACUGUCCCGGAGUUGUACCUGCUUCAUCGAACGAUUCACAGUCCUCCAUUGUUUUGAAGGGUGUUGUUCGAGUGGAAGCACUUCCUACACCAUCCGAGCAUAUCCCUGCACUUAUGGCACGGGUGAAACCUAUUUAUCUAUCUAGAACAUACGACAUACCCCUGCCCAACAAGGACGAUCCGACUGAGUGCUGGAAACCUGAGGAUUUCUUGGACAAACUUGCGCGCAAAAAAGGACGUCUUCUAAAACAGGGCGAGCCAGAUCUGGAUUCGGUUGCAAAAAUCGUACUCAGCGAUUGGGUUCGAGGACGUAUUCCAUUCUUUGUGCCACCUCCGGAAAGGACCGAAGAGUUGAACGAGGCUGAGGCUAGAAUUAAGAGGAAAAAAGACCUUAAAGGAAAGGGGAAAGCUUCUCAAAAUGAGGAGGUUCCGGGUGUAAAACAAAACCUAAAGACCUUGAUACAGAAAAACACGUUUGUGCCCGAGGAUAUCGAGAAAAUUGAAGAAGAAUUUGAAGCCCCCGAAGAGGAAGCAGCUGUCGCUGAAGAAGGGGUGGAAGAGGAGGAUAGCGAGGAUGAGGAGGAUGAGGAUGACUUGAAAUGGAAUGAUGUCUUUGAAGGCAUCAAUUCCGGGCCUGUGCCUGCAGAAGCGGCCAUUGACAACGGCGUAUCCGAAGAUGAAGACACCGCUAAUAAAAAAGAGGCUCGGAUGACAACAAACAAGGCAUGUUAUCUCUGGUCUUCCGAUGAAUUGAUCCUUACUCUAUUAUCCACCCAGCGUAAACCCGCAAACUUUUACACCUCAAACAAUGUGAAGAACAAGAACCGCUCGAAAGCGGCGCUGAUGAGGACGCUGCCAGUCGGAAAGAAAGGUGGCAGAAAGAGUGCUUUGUAG